AUGGCGUUUCGCUUCACUCCGCCCGCGCUCGGCUCCCGGGCGAAGGGCUACGAGAACCGUGUGAUGGUCUACGCCCACCGCCGCCACCGCGCACGCUAUCGACCGCCCAAGCUCCCCCACGCCCGCUCGCCGCUGGCGAACAAGUCCCCGGAGGAGUACGGCAACACUUGGGACCCGCGAACGGGGAUGGAGUGGUACUCGCGGCUGCGGCACCGCGGCGCCUACCGUCACUGGCCGUGGGCGCGCUGGAACGAUGACCCUGUGCGCCACCACCGCGAGGGGCCGCCCAACCGGACCUUUUCUUGCCUCUCACACGGCUCGAACGACGGUGUGCCGCUGUGGAACUACUACGCGGAGGUGGGGCAGGAGUACAACACCCCAAGCCACUUCCCGCUGCAUUACAUGACUCCUUUCAUUCAUCAGUACACGGGGAAGGUCUGGUCGAAGCAUGACAUCGAGCGCCACCUGAGGCUUAUUGAGGAGCGGACAGGACUGAUGUCCAUUCAGGAGGUGCACGAUAACCUGCCACGGCUGCAGGACUGGGGCGAGGUGGAGAUGGGCGCGGUGCCUCAUGGCCUUCUUCAGCAUGUUGAGAUGCUAGCACACGAAAUCGUCUUGCAGAACCAAAAAAAGACCUUUAGGAAGAAACUGCAUGAAAAUGGUGUGUUGCGGACCUCCACGAUGGAGCGGUACUAUGCCCUGCCACACCUACGCUUGGGCCCUGCCAUGCCAACGACGCUUGAGCAGCCGUCGGGAGCGUUCCCGUGGGGCAAGUACACCUACAUGCUUGGGGGGACAAAGAUUCAUCCGCUCCACAGGCCAGAUGGUUUUUUCAAGGAUAAUAUGUACCCGGCCUAG